AUGACUGCGCCGCUAGAAAGGAUUAAAUUGAUUUUACAGACACAGGCGAGUAGCCGUCAAAUAGGAAUUCAGAAACGAGCUCCAUAUAGUGGUGUUUUAAAUGCAUUUAUUAGAAUACCUAAGGAACAAGGAUUCUUAUCUUUAUGGCGCGGAAAUCUCCUCAAUAUAAUUCCAUCGGGAACUCACAAUCACAUCAUUUUGCCAUUUUUGACCGGUGGUUCUGUCGGUGCCACUUCCACUAUGAUACUCUAUCCCCUUAAUUUCUGCAAUACACGAAUAAGCGUAGAUGUCGGCGAUGACAAGAUUAUUAAGAGGGAAUUUUCCAAUUUAAAAGAUUGCUUAACGAAAGUUUAUAAGAACGAUGGUUAUAGAGGUUUUUAUCAAGGAUCGUUCUACAUGGCGAUCGCGCACUCCUCGUACAGAUCUGUUUACUUUGGUGGUUAUACAAUUGGUAAACGAAUAUAUUUGAGUAAUUCUUUACAAGAUGAUAAAAAUUCUCAUACAGUAACUGUACCAUUCUUAGUAUCCUUGUUGCUUGCACAAUCAUCAUCUUGGGCCGCGAUAGUUAUAGCUUAUCCUUUUGAUACAUUAGCCAGACAAAAAAUGCUUUGGAGCGGACGUAAUGCAAUUGAAUAUCCGCCAAUGCGACAUGUGAUGAAUAAUAUUAUAGCAAAAGAUGGCCUAUUUGGUUUUUAUAAAGGCGUACAAGCUAAUUUAAUGACAACUAUUUGCGGAUCUUCAGUAUUGGUUACAUAUGAUAUUGUUAAGUUCCGCUUUGAUAAGCUAAUGGAGUCAUAUUCCAAAGACCUUGAUUCAACAUUUACGUUCAGUGACAGAAAUAAUAUAACAAAUCAUUCUCAAUAG